CAGAAGAGCAGACUGUGCACACCGUGCAAUAAAGUUGGAGAAACAAGUGGUGAUAGGAAAAGUAAACUAACAAAACUUCGCAAGAAAAAAAAAAAAAAAAACGAUUCUCUGGAAAGUGACAUUAUUUCAGAAUUGAAGCGGAUUAUAAAAACUGAAGACAGUGUGAACCCAAAGUGAAGGUUCAAGAUCCAACCCCCCAAAAAAGGAUUUUACUCUUGCGUGGACUUAUACUUGAGUUUCAGAGUUUAUUUUGUCCUCCUCUCGAGUCUAGAGCCAAGGGGGGGAGGCAAAGCCGUGGCGUCUGCGGGAAUGAAGUACACUUACCAGUACCCGGUGUCACAGUACACACGCUCCAACACACAUUACACACCGUCACACUGCUCCAGCAGCUCGUACUCACCUGGCUACUACAGUCCUGCGAAGUACAGCCCUACUACACUCCACACACCAUCAUACUACACUCCUCCGGCUUACACACCUGCAUACAAGCCCACCUCCACUUACACACCCAUCUAUAGCAAGCCAUCCCGGCAGUGCAGCACGCCCCGGACAAGCGUACAGCACACUCCUACUGUAGCCCUCAAACCUGCCCGGGCUGUGCACUUCACAAAUGAUGUCGUAUUCCAAGAUUUAGUCCGGCACAGUGAGCUGGAGCAGAUCGGUCGGUUUAUGAGGGCGAGGAAAGUGCGUCUGGACACCAUCUUUCAUUCUGGAUUGGCAGCACUUCAUGAAGCCGUGCUCUCAGGAAACCUGGAGUGUGUGAAGCUCCUGAUAAAGUACGGAGCUGACGUUCAUCAGAGGGAUGAGAAAGGCUGGACACCACUUCAUAUGGCGUGCAGCGACGGUUAUCCUGAGAUUGCACGGUACCUUCUCUCUCUGGGUGCCAGUGUGGAAGCGGAGAAUGAAAACGGAGAGAAGCCCGCAGACCUCAUCGACCCAGACUGCAAAGAUCUGCUCAGGCUCUUCGAGACGGGCUGUGUCUGAGAGCUGACCCGCAGAUCUUGCUAGUUAAAGCUAGCUUUAAACAAAACAAUGACAUUCAGAUCACUCUCUCGAGAUUUUGAGUGGUCUCUUUUAUAUUCUUUAUCUUCUGGGCAGCAGGAGAGCACAGAACCAGAACCUGCUGUCGGUCUCGCAUGUGAAUAUUGAAUGUCUCUUGUCAAAGUCUUAUCUGUAUCUUAUUUUUUACAAGGUUUUAAUUAAUAAAGCUGCUUUUAUAGAAA